AUGCCUUCAACAAGGGAGCGGCGCCCGAAGCCGCCGCCAUCGCCGGCCUCGGCCAGCUGCCGGCUGGCCAGCAACCGAGACAAGUCGUUAGCCCGGGACUUGUCGCGCCAUCCUGCUUCGUGCCCAAGACCGGACCACUUUCUUCCACCUUGCCCACCAACACCUCGCCGCUGCCCCGGGGCCGUCCCCCGGAACUCCACCAGCACCAUUGCAGCACCACCACGGCCAGGGCCUCCCGCGCCAGCCAGCCGCGACGCCCAGACCACCCACGCCCGGAGCCGGCCCGCGGGGCCCAGAUCCGGCCCGGCGGCGCCCCGCCACCCUCGGCGCCGCCGCCCCGCACGGCCUCGCACCACCACCUUCCCAAAGACCGGCCGCCAGCAGCCACGCAGCGCCCGCAACGGCCACUACCCGACCGGCCCAGGCCAAGCCCAGAUCGGGCCCGCCGUGCCGCCGCCGCAGCCACGCACCAGGCCGCCGCAGACUUCCUCCGCCGCGACCACCAGCACCGCCGGCCGUUGCGCCGCUACCACGCCGCCCGCGCGGCCGCAGCAGCAGGCCACGCCGCCACCAACACCAGCGACCCGGGGCCGCCGCCCCGCCUACCGAUUCUCCCGCGCGAGCCACGGCGAGAAGACCCCUUCCCACCUUUGGGGACAGGGCCCGCCGCCACCGCGGCGAUGUUCGACAUCAGCAGACUGA